AUGACCAUAGAGGGAUAUAAACGAGUUAAAAACCAAAAACCAUCGCGCUUUUCGCUUCAAAACAUGCUGAGGUGUCUCGAAGAUCCUGAAAACCCGUCAGCGGGUCCAUAUCUUCGCUUCAUUAACCUCACGGGAAACUGGCACCCUAACAUGGAAUUAAAAUUCACCCGUUUCAAACAGUUGGUAUUUUACAUUGUCAUGACCUUGUUCUUCAGUCAUUAUUUAAAAUGUGUGAUUGGUUUAAAUCUCGAUGAUCUCCUCUUCAUUCUACAAACUGCGCCUUUUCACAUGGGCACACCUAAGAGCAUCUUUUUUCGAAAGUACCAUCACCUAUGGCAGAAAAUGAUUGACUAUAUGUCACGCACAGAACUCAAACAGCUUUCUGAUGAAGAUGAGGAAGUUAUCAACGUCAUGAACGAGUACAUUAGGAGAAGCAGAAGAGUACUUUACCCGUUUUGGUUAAUGGCUAUCUGUUGCAACAUAAGUUUGUUCACAGAGCCGUACCAGAAACAUCAAAUCGUGGAAAAUGGUACAGAUAUUUACGUACCGCUUUUCCACUUUUACCUUCCUUUUAACCAAGAUGUUCCACCAGGAUACUAUUAUUCCAUGUUUAUUCAGACAAUUAUAGGCAAUAUAAUGAGUUCUUACGUCAUCUCUUGGGACUCGCUGGUAAUAUCUACGUUUAUAUUUUUCGCUGGUCAGCUCAAGAUUUCCCGUGUCUAUUGUACCAGAAUUAUAGACCCAGAGAGCAAAGAACGCAGCCACGAGAAUAUUGUAGCGUGUCAUCGUUUCCACACGUCUCUAAUUGAGCACCAGAAACUAUUCCAAAAGUUAAUAUCACACGUGAUGUUCAUAUACCUUAUUGUUGUAUCUAUCAACAUAGGAUCCUGUAUCAUACAAAUCUCAAAUGCGUCAGGCGAUUUACCUGUGAUGAUGGGAGCCAUGGUGUUCGUGCUUGGUAUUUUAACACAACUUUUGAUGUUUUAUUGGUUCAGCAACCAAGUGACAGUGGAGAGUUUAACAGUUAGCUCCGGUAUAUUCGAGAGCAAAUGGAUUACCGCGGAUGCGAAAAUACAAAAGGAAGUAGCUCUGCUGCAGCACACCAUGUCCAAGCGACUUUGUUUCAGGGCCGGGCCUUGUAAUGAAAUGUCCUUAAACACAUUUAUUCAAAUCCUAAAAACCAGCUACAGUUUCUUCACCCUACUGAAGGAAACAAAGUAGGAGCAGACGCCCGAUAUCAGCUAUACUAUGUACAUUAUAUGCAACCACAUAAAACAACAUAGUGCAUAUUGCUAGCUAUUAUUUACUUUCCCCACUUUGAUCACAUAGUAAAUGUCACGUAUAGAUCAGUAGCAUUAGUUUUCUGCAUGUAAGUCCACUGUGAUUCAAAAUUUCAUUAAAAAUAUGUGGCAUAGACAAUACGUAAGCAAAUUGGUUUCAAACUGUGCCUAAACUUAUAACUUACUUAGGUCAAUAAUUGGAGAAUCACAAAAAAUACAAUAUACGAAUAGUAGAUGCAAAAUAGAAAAAAAAACAUUGCUUCUUGUCAAUAGAUGUCGCGACGAAAGACGUCUAAAGUUCGCAGGCACAUCGCAGGUGUCAGAGUUUCGAAGCCCGCAAAGAAAAAAUGUUUUUUUUUUGUAAUAAUAAGACUUUUUUUAUCUA